CCGCUUUAAAUCGCGGCUCCCGGCGAGUCGGCGUCUCAGUCCCAGAGUCUGAAAGCAGCGUAGCAUCUCGCAUCCCGACUCCAGCGGCGACCCGGACCCGACCCACAACUUCUUCAGCUGUGGUUCAGGGAGCAGGGCUCCCCCCUCAGUUAUUACCUCGGCGCGGCUCCGCCACCCCCGGGAGUCCCGGGUGCGCACCUGCAAACUCCGCCUUCUGCACCUGCCACUCCCGAGCCAGCGCGGCGGCCGAGCGAGCCAUGGCCAACGCGGGGCUGCAGCUGCUAGGUUUCAUCCUGGCUUUCCUGGGCUGGAUCGGCGCCAUCGUGAGCACGGCGUUGUCCCGGUGGAAGAUUUACAGCUACGCCAACGACAACAUCGUGACGGCUCAGGCCAUCUACGAGGGGCUGUGGAUGUCCUGCGUGUCGCAGAGCACCGGGCAGAUCCAGUGCAAAGUCUUCGACUCCUUGCUGAACCUCAACAGUACUUUGCAAGCAACUCGUGCCUUGAUGGUGAUUGGCAUCCUGCUAGGACUAAUAGCCAUCUGUGUGGCCACUAUUGGCAUGAAAUGUAUGAAGUGCAUGGAAGAUGACGAGGUGCAGAAGAUGCGGAUGGCUGUCUUUGGGGGCGUGAUAUUUCUUAUUUCAGACACUCUGGCAAAGAUGGGAAUAGUGAGAGAGAACAUAAGAAAAAUGUGCGAAUCAAGCCAGUCUGUCAGAAAUGGAUGGGAAUGGGAUUACUGGAGAAAAAUGAGGUCUGGCUAUUUUGGUUGCCACAGCAUGGUAUGGACAUAGAAUUGUUCAAGAGUUCUAUGACCCCAUGACCCCAGUCAAUGCCAGGUAUGAAUUUGGUCAGGCUCUCUUCACUGGCUGGGCUGCUGCUUCUCUGUGCCUUUUGGGAGGUGCCCUACUUUGCUGCUCCUGUCCCCAGAAGACAACAUCUUACCCAACACCACGGCCCUAUCCAAAACCUGCACUGUCCACUGGGAAAGACUACGUGUGACACAGAAGCAAAAGGAGACAAAUCUGGUGGGCCAAGUGGAAAAUGGACAUUGAAAUGUUAUCAUUGACAUUAAGACCAUACACUUUCGACUAUUGUAUUCUGAAGUGGUAUUGCCAAAAAAAUAUUUUUUUAAAUGUCCAUUGCUAAAAUGGCUUAGUCUUAUUUUAUCUCCUUUCCUCAUAUGGGAGGGAAGCCUUUUCAAUUAUUACUGCUUCCCACUGAGUAAUCAUCUCAAACAUGGGAAGGAGGACUCUCUUUAAAUAUAUAUAGAUAUGUAUAUACACAUGUUUUUCUAUAAAAAAGAUUAGGUAGUAAAACUUUUAUUCUCAUUAUGUUGGUACCAGCAUACUUAAAAUUAUAUCUAAAAAAAGGAAAAUAUAUUUAAUUCUAUAUUGAUUAAAUAAGCAGUUUAUUUGGUAUAUUUCUCUUCUUCCUAUAGGUAUACCUAUAUAAUAGGACAAAUAUCAUGUUCCCUCUAUCAUCAUCUUUUAGUGUCUUUGACAGACUACCUAACCUACUUUGCUAAGUAUGUCUUAUUUCAAUUCUUUAUAUGUGCUCUUUUAAAAUGCUUAUUUUACAUUUCUUUUACUGUGAUCUUUAGUCCUUGCUUUGUCAUCAGUCAUCCUUCAUGCCUUUAUUUGCUUUUAUGAGAUUGGGCUUAAGUCUUGGUCUGAUAACCCAUUUCAUAUGCCUACAAUUUAAUUCUUAAAGUCAAUAAGAAUCUCUUACAAAUCAGAGCUUUGGGAGCAAAUCUUGCUAUAUGACCAGAUGAUAGAUUCCUGUUGACCUUCCCACAUGAUCCCUGUACUCUGACCUAUAAUACUUCUGUUUGCUUUGAAAAUAUUUGUCUCACUGAGGAGCUAUGUGCUGCUUUCCCGGGUGUUACAGCAUAAUUUUAUUGAUGGAAUUUUUAAGCUACUUCUUCCCAGUUGUAUAUCCUCCAAAUUACCAUUUUCUCCUCCCCUUCUUAACUAUGUUGUUAUCUCAUAUCUAAUUAUCACACAGUUUACCCCUUACCAGAGAGGCAUGGCCAAUGUGUCUGAAUCAAGUGCUAGACUUUCUGUAGUGGUAAUCUGAUAACAAAUAUUUUCUCUGUAGCUAUGAGUCAGUCUUUCUCCCUUUUUCCAUCUGUCAAAUUGAGAUAAUGAUGCUUAACCAGCUGGUACAAGUGGUAUGAGUAUUAAUUAGCUGAUAUCAUACUCAUUCUUUGAACAUGAAAUAUGCCUAGGUGGUGUUUUUAUUUGCUCAAUUGGCUAUUAAGAGAAGUCAUUGAACCAAAUCUACACACACACUUAACAUGGGUCAGCACCUUCCUUUUCUCCCCUGGUCCAUUUCCUUUCUUUCAGCAGCAGCUAGCACGUUGCUUGUGCCUUUUAACAAUUGCUCUUUGAUUUCCAGUCUGGACAGUGCUGCUUGACUUGAGCAAGAUGAUUUAAUGGAAAGGGUGUUGGCUUUAGUGUCUGGAGACCUGAUGGGACUCUUGCUCCUAUCAGUCGCUGUGUGAGUUUGGGCAAGGCACUUGGCUGCCCUAGAUUUCUUAUAAAAAGGGGGUUGUAAUUCCUGAUCUGCCUACCUCACAGGGCUGUUGUAGGGACCCAGUGAGAUGGGACAUGGGUAAAUGUGGUUUUGUCAGGGUAAAAGCAUGGUACUAGGGGAAAGAAUUAAGAAUUUAAGUGCAUAGGUUUGGAUUCCUUGUCAUAUGACUGAAAAAAAGAGAAAUUUUAAGAAAUGGGUUUCUCACCUUAACCAAUCUCUCAAGUGAUGAGACACUCAAACAAAAUUCAGCUUACUAAAGGAAAGGAUUCUAAGAAGUCUUAGUUUCUUGAAUCAGUAUGGCCUGAUGCUUUUUGUGGCUGACCUCUUCUCCUUUUAGGAGUGCAGACUUGACCUAAGACAAGUUUGGUGGUGGAAUGGGGGACACUGAAGUGUUAAGUGUUGGCACAGUGAAAGAAUGGGAGAUCUUUGCAUUAUAAUCACUUGCAAGGGUAUACAAGCUGGUAUCUGUUAACUGAGGUGUUGCUAUUAGCUGGCAACUAACACAGCUAGGACAGGUAGUUUGGGGAUGGUAAUUCAUAGUAAAACCACCUGGGGGACGUUAUCCAAAGGGAUGCAUCACAGGAGGAUUUCAACCUAGUAAGUUUUAUUGCCAAACCUGAAAGUCUACACUCUGAGAAGGUAUAAUUUCAAGGAGCCUUUGCUACCUACAUAGAUCCUACUGGUGUGUGAGUAUAAAAACAUGUGGUUACUAGUUGCCCCACUCUACGUAUAAAUCUAUAGUCCAAAAGAGCCAACAGAAUUGUUACAACAGAAUUUAUCCCAUUUUGAUAUUUUUGUAAUCUGCUUCUGUACCUAGAAACAGACAAAUAGGUAUUUUGUGGUUUUGUAGUGGGAAUUUGUAUAAAACAUCACUCUUUUUCAAAAAAUUGUUUUUUAAUAAAAAAUAAACCAUUG